UCACACGCGGCUCAUAAAAAAUCAACUAAAGUCUAGCGUCGAGUGCAAAAGUAGGUCAAGCAGUUGGUCAAGCAACUCUCGGGGAAUCAAAAUUAUCAAAAGUUCCGGUUCUCAAAGCUGGUUGAGACGCGAUCGCUGUUCCUUUCGAAACGAAUUUGAGAAAAGGUUUGCGCUGCGAUUGGUCACUUGGAGCUGAAAUCAAGGGAAGGUUUGCUUUUCCGCAGGCGGGUGAGAUUCAACUCUGAAUAAGAUGCCUAAUAUGGACAACGACGUGCAUAAACAAGACUAUCCAAACAAAGAACCGGCGAAAUUGGGAUAUUUUGAAACGGCAGAAGGCGCGCAAGAAAACGCAGACAACGUGUUCGUGCUGGUCGUGCACUUUGACUUCAAGGAGGGCGAAGACGAUUGGCAUCGGCGGGGCGAUGAGAAGGACGUUGAAAACCUGAGAGUGGCUUUUGAAACGAACAGGAAAUGCGGAUUCCGCGAGAAGUUGUCGCCGACAAAGAAGGAACUCCUUGAUUUGCUCCAAGACGAACAAGAAAUUAAACGGCUCUUUGAAUCGGACGAUUUGGAGCCGGAUUUGUUCUUUUUGAUAAUUCUGUCUCACGGAGCUGAAAACGGAAUCAUUUUCACGGAUCGCAGCUCACAAACAAACAAAUACGAAACCUUCACCACCAAAGAAGUCUUCGACUCCAUCGGAAGUUUGUUUCCAAAAUGUCUCAAAUUCGCUCUAAUUGGGGCGUGCAGAGGAAAACUAGAGGAAAAAAUGUUUCAUCUCAUGAAACCAAAAGAUGUAAAAGCUUUUGAGGAAAAUAAAAACUCGAGCAGAAUUUCCUUUGAGCCAAAGACGCGCAACCUGAUCAUUAUCUAUGCGGCCGUUGAAACUACGACGGCUAAAAGGCACAAAGAUCUCGGCACUUGGAUGGUCGAAUGUAUGUGCGCGCAGCUGAACAAAAUGAAGCGAAACGAGGGCAUUUUACAAUUCUUGACGGGCACGCAGAACAGAGUUCACCAAAAUACUAUCAAUUCAUUCAUGUCCAUCGGUCAGACGCCGGAAUUCAAGGUGUUCUCAUGUGACAGAAGAUUUGUUUUCCAUCUGCUUGACACCGAUGAAGCUGCAUCUGGUUCUUCAAAAAGAGGAACAGACUCCAAGGGGCGAAUGCCGAGAAGGGAGGAAAAGCCGCAGUCUGUGCAUUUCACUUGGUGGAAUCCAAAUUCGAAAACGGUUCUCAGGGAAAGACGCGCCGUCAUUUUCCACCAAGGAGCUCAAAUUACCGAACCCGUCGCAAAACUGAACUUUGCUCUUAUUAACAAUCUGGGCUUCGAAACCAUUCUGGCAAAAUUAGACGCGGCAGGACUUGAACAUUAUUUCAGCAAGCGGGAAAACGAUCCUUGGCUAGAGUACGGAUGUUUUGCCGCCUUCAUUUUCGCCGACGUCGUAGACGUGGACGGUCAAAUGUGCAUUCGAUUGAGUCAAGAUGAGAAUAAACCGAUCGGCGAUUUGAUCUACGGAUUGCUCGGCCCGAAAAACGACGCCUGGAUCGGCAAACCCAAAUUAUUGUUUCUGCUCGAUCAAAAAUUGACACCAAAAGACACGGGAGUUGGACCGACAGAAGCAACACAAACUAAAAAUAAUUUUCUCGCAGCUACCAAUUUCAGUGGUUGGUUUGUGUUCGUCCUUCAAAAUACGAAUUUCAUUCAGCAAUUCAUUGCAAUCUUUGAGAGUGAAGAGAUCAAAGACGAGCAGAGCAGUUUGCAGGAGCUUCUCGAAGACUUGUUGACGAAAUCGAGCAACAAUCCAGGAUCAAAAGAGCCGGACGUGAUGGUGGUAUCGACUUUGCCCAACUUGCUCAGUUUCCCAGCGCUGGAUCGCCAAGUUCUAGAGCCGUGCUUUGACGUCGAAGGGAGAUCAGUGGAUUUUGACGAGUUUUUGAAUCUCGCCAGCACAAAUGAAGCUCGCGUUUGGCUGCUGACGUCACCCAUGGGGUCUGGAAAGUCAACGAUGUUCCGCGAAAUCGCUUUCCAACUGCAAAGACGCCUUGACACCAGUUUCAAAGUGUUUCUGGUCGUCCUCGCUGACGCCUUCGGUCUUUUCGCACGAGCCAAAAAGAGCAGAGAAGCAGUAUCCCUGGUCAAUGUUGUUUCUCACGUGACUGGAAACCGAAACGAUGACAUCAAAACUUUGAUCGAAGCUAAUAAAGCCAUCUUGAUGUUUGACGGCUUUGACAGAGUUCAAGAAUACGAGACUCAGGCGCAUCAGGUGCUGGCAGAAGCCACGGGAAAAAAUUUGCCGGUUUGGAUUUCAACGCGUCCACGCGUGGAAGACGCCGUUCUUGCAAAACUGAACCGGCAAAUUCAGGUGCGCAAGGCAAAAAUUGUGCCUCUAAACGAGUAUCAGCAAGUGAAAUUUUUCAUGCUGAUGUCGGGCACAAAUGCUGAGAAUGAACCAGAGAGAGCCCGCUUGAAUAGCCCGCGAUUGUCCGCCGAGGUUUCUCGGUGAGUGGCGGAUCGUGGCCAUCUACCGGUCAACAUUGGAACGAUCAGAAAGUAAACAAACCGCCUCGUGUUUUUGCUGUCGCCGGAAAGAAGAAAGAAAGCAAAUAGACUCACUUUUUAUUCGCCGCCGGCCAACUCGUCCCAGUCCCGACCCGAAUAAGUCAUCAGGUUUGAGUUUAAUUGCCCGCUCAAGUCAUUUAAACCCAUUUUGUCGUUUUCUCUCAUCUCCGCCGUCCAUGUUUGGAUAAUCCCCGGAGAAAAUGACCAUAUAAGGCCCGAUUUGAGAACUCGCGAUCUGAUUGGCCGGAACCUUCUGGAAGCGAGUAGAAGCAGACCGAUGCGUUCUCUCAUUGGCGCUGGGCAGUUGAGCGAGAGAGUUCGUGCUGAGACGCUGAAGGAGCAAGAGCUGCGCGCCGCGAGCUCUUGGCUGCCGACGGGUUUCGGACGAAUUUCGGCCUAGAUUUGCGAGUUCUCUGGUAGUGUGAAUUGUUCCCUGAGUUGGUCUGGUGUUGGUUAGGCGUUUAUUUGGUGAGUUUAUUGGAUUUUUAGUUAAUUUUGCCCGGUUUGAGAAGUUACGUCGGCCGCACGUGGUGCUGAACCCCGCCGAUUUUUGAGUUGUAAGUCCCGAAAUUGUUUAGUUUUGCGUGGAAAUUGUCGGAAUAAUUAGCGGUUGAAUUGUUUUCGCCGCUAAUUUGCAUAUUUUUGUCAGAUUAGUGGAAGUUGCGAGUUUUGUGUAAACCGGUGAACCGAGCGCGCCCUGUCGGCGGCGGCGGUAACCGAGGCCCGAUUCCUCCCAUCGAGUUAGUUUGUUUCCCUUCCUCCCUUUGCCGGUAGAGGCGCUGUUGGCCGUUUCAAGUGUAAAGUACCGUGAAGUUAGCAAGUAGAAUAAAUAGAGGUUCAGUUUAAAUUGUAA